GGAAAUUAAAUUUUCAAUAUUAAAAACACUUAAAGUACUUGUUGUUAUGCGAAGCGCAGUCACAGUUACUGUGACUAGCAACAGGUGGCAACUCUGUAAGCCUCGGCUGAAUCAUGGAAGCAACAACAGCUGAUUCUACAACGUGCGGCAAACACCAAAAUAUACAACGACGCGAUGAAGUUCGUUAUUAAAAGUAUUAGUAAAAACUCUGGUCGAUUGGGCCAACUGCGGAUUAAAGAGAGCCAAGAGCUGGCCACGCCGCUGUUGAUGCAAACAACCAAAGGCGGCAGCAUUCCAUAUCUCACAGCCGAUGCUUUCGAAAUGGUCAGCAAUGAGCAGCAAUUGCUCCAACUCACAUUGUCCACCAUGGAUCAAAUGGCUGAGUCGCUGGCGCUGUGGACUCGUCCACUAAGUGACUAUGUUGGCUUGCCCGGUCACAACACAGUGUUGAUGAUUCGUGAUCCGUGUGAAACAACUCCUGCCGGCGGAAAUGAUCGGGAUGUGAUGCCGUUGUUCACGCGACGCGGCAAGGAAUCCCUAACGGCCACGCAGUAUAUGGAGAUGGUGGCCAAGUUCGCGCCUGAUGUCUACCAAGGCUUGUGCGACGCCGACACUAAUCCAGAGAGCACUAAGAAGCGUGUCCAGAAAUCUGUGGAUCGCACCGAGCGUUUCAUGAACGAAUGCUAUGCGCUGCAUGGCAAAGAGCAGCGAUUGGCCAACUCCACGUUACUGGCUCCCAUUGUGGGAGGCUACAACACCUUUGCACGUACACAAUCCAUCAAGCAUGCAAAAGAACAACCAGCUGGAAGUUAUGGUGGCUACAUUCUCGAAGGAUUCCAUACCAAUGGCUUGGCAGCAACGACGUUAUCGGCGGCACAGCUGUUGCCCAUUGUGGAGCAUUGUCUGCAGCAGCUGGAGGAUGACAAGCCGCGUCUAAUGCCAGGCGCAUUUACGCCCUUGUUGACGCUGGAGCUGAUUAGAAGAGGCGUUGAUGUAUUCGACACUUCGUAUGCUUAUUGCGCCGCAGCCAACUACAAAGCCUUGACGUUCAGUUACACCAAGGAUGCAGUGCAGCAUGCGGCGUUCUUGGAUCUGACGGAUGAUGAGAUUAAAGAGCAGUUUACGCCUCUGCUAAGUGGUUGCACUUGUUUGGCGUGUAGCAAACACACGCGUGCCUAUAUUCAUCAUUUGUACAAGACACACGAGUUGCUUGGUCCCAUUCUGCUGAUGAUCCACAACUUGCAUCAUUAUUUGGGUUUCUUUGCGGCUAUUCGCAGCAGCAUUGCGGCGGAUCAACUUCCAGAGUUAAUUGAACAUGUGCGUUUGCAAAAUACGGACGCUGAGAUCGAUUAUCGCAUCGAGGCUAAUGCCAAAGUGAUCAGCAAGGCGGCCAUGGGCAAGGGAUUCAUUGCAGCGGCCGUUUAG